CAGCAGGAAGUCGAUACGUGGCCGCCGCCUGUCCCCGCCGAGGAGGCGCUGCGAGCGGAGAUGGCGGCGCAGCUGAACGUAGAGCAGCUCGAGGUGUCGCUCGACGGUCUCACGCUGAGCCCGGACUCGGAGGAGCGGCCCGGCGCGGAGGGGGCCCCGCCGCAGACGCCGCCGUCCUCGGCCCCCGGGAACGGACUGGGCUCCGGCGCCGCGGGGCAGCCGCGGGAGCCCGGGGAGGCGGCGGCUGAGGGUGCGGCCGAGGAGGCGCGGCGGAUGGAGCAGCUCUGGGGCUUUGGCCUGGAGGACCUUUACGGCCUGGCGCUGCGCUUCUACAAAAUAAAAGAUGGCAAAGCCUUUCAUCCAACUUACGAAGAAAAACUGAAGUUCGUGGCACUGCAUAAGCAAGUUCUUUUGGGCCCGUACAACCCAGACACAUCCCCUGAGGUUGGAUUCUUUGAUGUGUUGGGGAAUGAUAGGAGGAGAGAAUGGGCAGCUCUGGGAAACAUGUCCAAAGAGGAUGCCAUGGUAGAGUUUGUGAAGCUUCUAAAUAGAUGUUGUCCUCCCCUCUCGGCAUAUGUUGCGUCCCACAGAAUAGAGAAGGAAGAAGAAGAAAAAAGAAGAAAGGCGGAGGAGGAGCGAAGGCAGCGUGAAGAGGAAGAACGAGAGCGGCUGCAAAAGGAAGAAGAGAAGCGGAAGCGAGAGGAGGAAGACCGGCUGAGGCGGGAGGAAGAAGAGAGGCGGCGGAUAGAGGAAGAGAGGCUUCGGCUGGAACAGCAAAAGCAGCAGAUAAUGGCAGCUUUAAACUCGCAGACUGCCGUGCAAUUCCAGCAGUAUGCAGCCCAGCAGUAUCCAGGGAACUACGAACAGCAACAGAUUCUCAUCCGCCAGCUGCAGGAGCAGCACUAUCAGCAGUACAUGCAGCAGUUAUAUCAAGUCCAGCUUGCUCAACAACAGGCAGCAUUACAGAAGCAGCAAGAAGUAGUGAUGACGGGGGCAUCAUUGCCUGCCUCAUCAAAGGUGAACACAGCUGGAGCAAGUGAUACACUGUCAGUUAAUGGACAGGCCAAAACCCACACUGAAAAUUCCGAAAAAGUCCUUGAGCCAGAAGCUGCUGAAGAAGCCGUGGAAAAUGGGCCAAAAGACUCUCUUCCAGUGAUUGCAGCUCCAUCCAUGUGGACAAGACCACAAAUCAAAGACUUUAAAGAGAAGAUUCGACAGGAUGCAGAUUCUGUGAUUACAGUGCGUCGAGGAGAAGUAGUCACCGUUCGAGUCCCCACCCAUGAGGAAGGAUCAUACCUCUUUUGGGAAUUUGCCACAGACAGUUAUGACAUUGGGUUUGGGGUUUAUUUUGAAUGGACAGACUCUCCAAACGCUGCUGUCAGUGUGCAUGUCAGUGAAUCCAGUGACGAGGAGGAGGAGGAGGAAGAAAAUGUCACUUCUGAAGAAAAAGCAAAAAAGAACGCCAACAAGCCUCUGCUGGAUGAGAUUGUACCUGUGUACCGGCGGGACUGUCAUGAGGAAGUAUAUGCAGGCAGCCACCAGUAUCCAGGGAGGGGAGUCUAUCUCCUCAAGUUUGAUAACUCCUACUCUCUGUGGAGGUCCAAGUCAGUCUACUACAGAGUCUAUUAUACUAGAUAAAGCUGGUGUUACAGAGUCGGGAGUCUAGGGUUGAGCAGAACAUGAUGUUUAAUUUCCUUGACUUUUGUGGCGCAUAGGAGUCCGUGUUUAUCUUCUCGAUUUUGUUCUGAUGGUUUAUGAACUCGUUGAGAACCAGGAUUCCUUGAGACUCUUAGCAUUAAUGCUCUGAAGUUAAAAGCAGUUCAGAAGACUCAUUUAGCCCUUGGGUGCUGACCAGCAGAGCUGCUAGUGGAUAUUGGAGUUACAUGAGCUACACAUUAAUAUUCAGUCUCCAAAAUAAAAGUCCCAGCGUUGCCCUGCCCUAGCUGGGGGGGUGGGGGGUUUGCGCAUUGCUGUCUCUGCGUGUGUUCUGCAGAGCCACAGUUAGAGCUAUAACUGGGGAUACUUCUGUACUAGUCUACGUCAAUGCAACUGGCUGACUAAGUGCAACAGUUUGAGACUUCACUGAGUAUACUAGAAAAACAAAUGGCCUCAACUUGAUCUUACCUGAGUAACCAAGGCUGGUUUAGCUUUAGGUACAGAUAUUUAGUUAGUUGUGUUACAGAGAAUUAUUUUCUGAGAGAAUCUUAAACUUAGAAUAUUCAAAUGCAGUAGAUAACUGACAUGCAGAGAUUCACAGAAGACCUCAGCACCGUCCAACCAGGUCCUUGGACUCACAGGCCUUUCCUUCAUUUGCCAUUCACACUGCUGCUCACAAAACAGAACUUGGUGACUUUGUUUUGAUAGAGUUUUGUGGACCAUCUCAAGUUGAAACUAUUUUCUGUUAAAAAACAAACAAACAAACAAAAACCUAUAGCCAGGAGUUUUAUAAACUCACCUGGCACCUACUCAACUAAAUUAUGCAAAAUCUGAACUAAAAUAUGCAAAAUCACUUUAAUAUAAUUUGACAUUUGAGGAGUACCAUUGCACUAACAGGAAAUCACUGCCAGAGACAGCCCACAUUUCCUUCUGUGUGUUGUUAGGGCACAAACCACUCCACAAUCCCAGUGUGGAAUUACAGUCUAGAGAAAAUUGGAAAUGCACGUGCUUAAAUGUUACAGCUUUAAUCUGUAUUAUGACUUGCUGGUGGUAAAAGAAAUAUCUUUAGUUUUCUUAUGAAAAUAAAUCCACAUCCAUUAUUUCACAUUUGUCUAAGACGUUAAGUAUCUGAAGGGAGGGCAGUGUGGAUAGCAAAUGACAGAGGCAGUGCACACCCAGUGUUGUAUUGUCACUGAAGUCUGAGGUUUAACUUUGACAUCACAGGCCCCUUCAGGGGUCCCACUGGGUAGUUGCAGUGUGCACAGGUCACUACAUUCAGGCUAUUUGAGGUUUUCAUAUGCUGCAUUUCUUUCUGUUUUUAAUACCUGGUUUUAUAGGUUCUCUUUUGUUUGUUAAGAAACUGGAUUAUUUUUUCCUAACCAGUGCUUAAUUUGUGUUUUUGGAUUUUCUUUCAGAAGUAGUCAAAUGUCUAUGCUGUUACAUCCAGAAUAUUCAUUAGGCUGCCCCACAGCUCUUCUGUAUAUAUAGAAACCACAGAGUUAGGAUUUUUUUUAAUGAGAAAAAUACUGUAUUUAAAAUGUAAAAUAAACUUUUAAAAAGCAAGCACUAAUAUAUAUUUCUUUCAGCCUUUGAUUACAAUUUUGUCCUUGCACAUGUUAAGAUAAAUUAUCUUCUAAAAACCUUGUUCUUGGGAGCAGUGUAUGUCACUUUACAUAGCUGUUUCUGUCACAUGUUCAUAUCUGAACAUUUUUGGUUAUAACUUUUUUAUUGCCUUUGGCUGUUGAUUAGUACCGUACAAGUGCGAUUUCAAAAAGAUCUUGAAAGUAAUAUAUUUAAUCAAUUAAAAUGUUUAUCUGUAACUCGUUGAUGUUUCUGUUAAUACAGUUUCCUGAAGCA